AAGAAGAGGCUCAUGAUGUAGCUUAGUGUAGAGUACCUGCCUAGCCUGUGCACAGGCCUGGGCUCAUUCUCCCACACUGGUUUGUCGGGUGAUAAGGAGCCCAUCCGGAGUGGCUCAUCAGGAAUCAGGGGUAGCUCAGUGAUGAAGUGCUUGCCUAGUCCCAGGGUUCCACCCCUAGCACGGGAGAAACAAAAGUGCUUCAUUGGAAGGUAACUUUAAACAAGACUGAUAAUGUGGAAGUGGAUAGAGUUGGGUAGGGGCUGUUGAGUACCUGAGAUCUAGUACCUAAGAUCUAGGACCCUGUAGGUGUGGCAGGGAAUUGAAUAGAGCCUGACUGCUGGUCUCCCUUACUUCUGUCUGGGGAGGCAAAGGGUGAAUUCAUGAAGAAGCCAGUCAGUACUCAGUGGCUCUUAGCCUUCACCAGGGCAUCUGAAUCGCUUUGUUCAAGAUAUAUAGAUAUAUCUUGGCUUCACAGCCAACUUCCUUGUGUGUGAUAUGCCAGGAAGUUCAUUGCUGUGGUAGAUACCUGAGAAAAACAGGAUGAGAGAGGAAAGAUAGAUUUUGGUCCACAGUUCAGAGGUUCCAGUAUAUUGAAGAAGCAAAGCUUCACCAAGGAGAUGGUUUGAGCUGCAUCGUGAAGGAUGAGUAUGAACUGGAUCUGUUGGGUCGCCUUCUUGGUUGACUGCUGGUUGAUGUUCUGGUUACCUCAGUCAUAUUUGGUUGGGUUUGUAAAAAUGACCUGUGCAAAGUUUUGGGAGUUGGGGUGGGAGAAGCACUUUGAAAGUGAGUGAAAUGGCCAGGGACGUGCACUGGGUGUGUGUAGGAGUGUGAGAACAGCUGUUUCAGUUAGAAGGCUUGCUGCUGAGUUCCUCUGCUCUUCCCUUUCAUAGGCAGCUUUAUGAAGUGGGUAUUAUUAUCCUUAGUAUUCAGAUGUGAAAACCCGCAGCUCUGGCCGUGGUUGCAUGUCAGAGUCUGUUCGGAGUCUGGCAAUCAUCCUUUCCCACCUCAGAGGAUUCUCGACUGUGGGAAAGAAGCUGGGCUGGGGUUAGGGGCUUGUAGAAUUAGUAGGGUGGCUGAUCAAACCAUCUAAGGCAAGAUGGCGUGGGUGGUUAAGAGCAUAGCUUUGAGUCAGGUACUGUGGGUUCAAAUCCCAACUUCAUUACUUGCUAACUGCAUGACCCUAGGCAACUUGCUUGAUCUCGUUAAGCCUCAGUCUCCUGGCUUGUAACAUGGGAGCAAUAAUACCCACCUCAUGGGGUUGUUAUGAAGAUCAAUGAGGUGUACCUGGCGGAGAGCAAUUGCUUGCCACCUGGAAGCUGCUGUAAUUAGCCCUCCCAAGUCUCUGGGCUGUGGUUGUGCACCUGCAUCUCAUUCGUCAGCACAGUAUUUCCAGGACACGCUCAUCCUGACUGGACUGGUUUUAUUAAGGAUGACAUUGGAGAGAAAGGAUGUCAGUAGAUGUGUUCUGUUAAUGUGGCCUGGUGCAGGCUUUAAUCCCAGCACUUAAGAAGUGGAGGUGGGCCAGAGGAAUAGCUGGGUAGGUGAAGGUGCUUGUCACCAAGUCCGAAGACCUGAGUUCAAUCCCUGGGACCCAUAUGGUGGACAGUGACAACAGACUUCUGUGAGUUGUUGUCCACAGGUGUUUCAUGGCACGUGUAUGCGUAAACACAUGCAUGAGACACAAAUAUAUAAAAAUAUAAUUUAAAAUCAUUUGCCAGGCAGUGGUGGUGCGUGCCUUUAAGCCAGGGCUACACAGAGAAACCCUGUCUCAAAAAAGAUCAACCACCACCCUCCAAAAAAGAAAACGACUUACCUUCAUUUUGUGUGUGUGUGUGUGUAUGAAUGUAUGCCACAUGUGUGUGGUGGUCAAGGAAGCCAGAAGAAGGCAUUGGAUCCCCUGGAGCUGGAGUUACAGGGAGCUGUGAGCUUAGGUGGGUGCUGGAAACUAAACUCUGGUUCUCUGCAAGAGCAGUACAUCCUCUUAACCACUAGGUUGUGUCUCUAGCCUCUUAUUUAUUUCGAUAUAGUCACAUGUAACCUAGACUGGUCUCGAACUUGCUAUGUAGCUGAUGAUGGUCAUAAACUCCUGAUCCUCCUGCCUCCACUUCUUUUUUUGUUUGUUUGUUUUUGGUUUUGUUUUUUCUUUUUUCUUUUUCUUGUUUUUUGAGACAGGGUUUCUCUGUGUAGUUUUGGUGCCUUCAUGGAUCUCUCUUUGUAGACCAGGCUGGCCUUGAACUCACAGAGAUCCACCUGGCUGUGCCUCCCCAGUGCUGGGAUUAAAGGUGUGCGCUGCCGCCGCCGCCGACCUGGCUGCUUUUGUUCUUUCAAGACAGGGUUUCUCUGUGUAGCUUUGGAGCCUGUCCUGGAUCUCGCUCUGUAGACCAGGCUGGCCUCGAACUCACAGAUCCACCUGCCUCUGCCUCCUGAGUGCUGGAAUUAAAGGCGUGUGAUUUUUUUUUUUUUUUUUGAGACAGUCCUACAUAGCACCAGGCUGGCCUCAAACUCACAGAGAUCCACUGACUUCUGAAAUGCUGGGAUUUACCAUGCUUGGAACAAAACAACAACAACAAAAAAAUUUAAGAAAAGAAAUGUACUCCACUCCCCAAAAAGAGAGAACAGAAAGCUAUUAAGUAGCUAUGAUGUAGACUGAAUCUCACUUAUUUCAGAGGCUGAGACAACAGGAUUACAAGUUCAGGGCCAACCUAGGCUACAGGGUAAAUUCAAGGCCAGCUUGAGUAACUUAUUGAGACAUAGCACCCACCAUCUAAACGAAAAAGGGGUUAGGAUUGUAGAUUAGUGAUAGAGUACUUGCCUAGCAUGGUCAAGAAUUCAGGUUUUUCCCUUCAGCACUGAAGAAGGAAAAAAAAAAAAGAGAAAGAGAAGAAAUGAGGAAGAAAGCAUGGCUCGAGAACUAGUGGCUCAGGCCUCACCUGGUGAGAGGUUUGGGAUGAGGUACUAUUAUGGUUAAUAUCUGAUUGCCAACUUGACAGGAUCUGGAAUUGCUUUGAAGGUGAAUCUCUGGGCAUGUCUGUGAAGGAGUUUCUAAAUCGGGUUAACGGAGAUGGGAAGACCUAAACUCCAAGAGUGUGGUGCCAUCCCAUGGGCUGGGGGCCCUGGACUGCCUUAGGCUUUCUGUUGCUAGGAUAAAACAUCAUUACCAAAAGCAAGUAGGGGAGGAAAGGGUUUGUUUUAGCUUGCUGUUUCAUAUCACAGUCCAUCAUCAAGCAAAGGAAGUCAGAACAGGAACUCAAUGCAGGAACCUAGAGGCAGGAACUGAAGCAGAAGCCAUGGAGGAGUGUUGUUUACUGACUUGUUCCCAUGCUUGGCUCAGUUUGCUUUCUUUUUCUUUUUUUUAAGAUUUAUUUAUUAUGCAUACAGUGUUCUGCCUGCACGCCAGAAGAGGGCACCAGAUCUCAUUAUAGAUGGUUGUGAGUCACCAUGUGGUUGCUGGGAAUUGAACUCAGGACCUCUGGAAGAGCAGCCAAUGCUCCUAACCUCUGAGCUACCUCACCAACCCCAUCAGUCUGCUUUCUUACAGCUCCCGGGAUCAACAGCCCAGAGGUGGCGCUACCUACUGUGAGCUGAGCCCUCCCACAUCAGUCAGGAAAAUGCACCACAGGCCAGUCUGGUGGGGGCAUUUUCCCAGUUGAGGAUCCAUCUUCCAAUAUGACAAGCUGACAUAAAAACUAGCCUGCACAGCAUAAAAAGGAGCUCUAGCCAGGUGUGGCAACACACACCUUUAUUCUCAGGUAGAGAGGGGAGGAACUCGAGUUCAAGGCCAGCCUGGUCAACAUAUGGAGCUUCAGGCCAUCCAAGGUUACAUAGUGAGAACCUGUCUCAUAAAACUGAGAUGGGGAGGGAGGGCCCAGGAGAGAGAGAUCUAGUUGAAUAUAGGUAUUCAUCGCUUUCUGAGUUUUGACUGUGGCUGCAAUGUGAUCAACUACGUUACGCUCCUGAAGCCAUGACCCACCCUGAUGAAUGUACUCUCUGAGAGCUGAAAUAAAUCCUUCCUCCCUUCAGCUGCUUUUGCAGGUACAUUGUUGCAGCAAGACGAGGUACAUUGUUGCAGCAAGACGAGGUACAUUGUUGCAGCAAGACGAGUAACUAAUGUAGGAUGCUUGAUGUAUCACAAAGAGGGAGGACUCUGGAAGUGGGGAGCAAAGGUCCCUUCAUCACAGGAACUGGAUUGAGCUUGUAGUAACUGACAGGGUUGCUUCCUAGGGUCUCUUCUAGGCCAGGAAAUGAUAGUGAGAGCCCCUAGGAAGUACAGAUUCUAACACUGGGUUGAGGUUGAAGGAAACUCUGUCCACCUCUUUUCCAGGUGACAGCAGCAUGGCUGUGUCCCAGACUUUCCUGCCGGGGCCUACCCAUGAACCUGCAGGAACCAUGGAACCUCUGCCUUGCGCUCGAAGCUUGGCUGAGGGCUUCCUGGAGGAGGAGCUUCGGCUCAACGCUGAACUUCACCAGCUGCAGUUUCCAGAGCCUGUGGGUGUCAUCUAUAAUCCAGUGGAUUAUGCUUGGGAGCCGCACCAUAACUACGUGACUCGAUACUGCCAAGGUCCCAAGGAAGUGCUUUUCCUGGGCAUGAACCCAGGACCCUUUGGCAUGGCCCAGACUGGGGUAAAGGCCUGGCUUCCUCUGGUACCUUUUGGGGAAGUGAAUGUGGUCCGGGACUGGUUGGGCGUUGGGGGCUCUGUGAGGACCCCUCCCCAAGAGCACCCUAAGCGACCAGUGUUGGGACUGGAAUGCACACAGUCCGAGGUGAGCGGAGCCCGAUUCUGGGGCCUUUUCCGGUCCCUCUGUGGUCAGCCGCAGGUUUUCUUCCGGUACUGCUUUGUCCACAAUCUGUGUCCUCUGCUCUUCUUGGCUCCCAGCGGAAGAAACCUGACCCCAGCAGAGCUGCCAGCCAAGCCACGGGAGCAGCUGCUGGCGAUCUGCGAUGUAUCCCUCUGCCGGCAGGUGCAGCUGCUGGGGGUGCGGCUGGUAGUGGGAGUGGGGCGGCUGGCCGAGCAGCGGGCACGAAGAGCUCUAUCGGGGCUGGCCCCGGAGGUGCAGGUGGAGGGGCUCCUGCAUCCCUCUCCUCGAAACCCACAGGCCAACAAGGGCUGGGAGGUAGCAGCCAGGGAAAGACUCCAAGAGUUAGGGCUCCUGCCUCUGCUAACGGAUGAGUGCCUGGCCAGGUCCAGCACACCUUAGAGACCCAGUCUUGCCCAGUAGAUGCCUACACACAGGGUUUACUGGGCUCUCUGUUGGAGGAAAUGUGUUUUCAGCCCUCUGGGCUGUCCUCUCAGGGCCAGGCCGACUCUGAUUCCAGGGUGGGCAGCUUUCCUGCUGUCUUGUCUCCGGGGCUUGUUCUGCACAGCAUCAGCAGAGGGCAGGCCUUUGCACUCACAUGCCACCUCAUUUCCUUGGGAGCCUCCUCUGUGUGCACAGGGUCCUAGAUAGGGAUGUCUGAGGUCACAUUUGACGUUUGGGAGGAAAGAUAAUUUUAAUUUUAAUCUUUCCUGUUUUGUUUUUUAUUGGCAUUGUUUCUGGCACUGCCUCGUGUACACCAGGAAAGCUAGCACUGACCUACCUCAGCCUUCUUGACACUCAUUGUACAUAUUAGUGGGGUUCAGUGUGAUGUUUCCACACAUGCAUUAAGUGUGUCCUGAUUGAGUCCAACCUCCCUUUAUCUGUCCUCUACACACACACACACACACACACACACACACACACACACACACACACACCCUCCCCAAUCAGGGGACAAUCAUUCCAGGAUCCCUACUCAUCCUUACAGAACAUCUCCCUCUAGCUGGCUCCUCUCCUCCCAGGGGCCAGGACAGACAUCAUGCUGAGAAUGAACUUCUUAGCCAGGUGUCCUGGCACACCCUUGUAAUCCCAGCACUCAGAAGCAGGAGGAUCAGGUUAGGCUCUGCCUCAAAAAUAAGUAAGUAAGUAAGUAAAUAAAUAAAUAAAUAAAUAAAUAAAUAAAUAAUUUCUUCAGGGAGACCAAGGUUGGGUUUGAGGGAGACUUCUAUGUGGUAGACUAGGAAAGAUCUAGAUUUCCAUUCUCCUCUCCCCGAUGAGGCCUGUGAACUUUUUUAAACCUCCCUCAGCCAAGCAGUGGGGGCACAGGCCUUUAAACCUAGCACUUGGAAGGCAGAGGCAGAAGGAUCUCUGGGUUCAAGGCCACUUCGGUCUACAAAGUGAGUUCCAGGACAACCAGAGCUACACAGAGAAACCCUGUCUUGAAAAACCAAAACUCCUGUUUUGUUUUUGUUAUUGUUUGUUUUUAAAACUUGAAGCAAGGUCUCAUUGUGUUGGCCUGUAACUCAUUAUGUAGAUAAGAUCCAGCCCUGACCUCAACAAGAAAUCUUCCUGCCUCUGCCUCCUGAGUGUUGGGAUUAAAAGGAUGUACCACCAUAUCUUGUUUCUUUCUGGAUUUUGAAACAAAAUCUCACAGAGUGGUAGUUGCUGGCCUGGCACUCUCUCGAUAGACCAGACUGGCUUCAAACUUGUGGUGAUCUUCCUGCCUAAAUGCGAGGGUCAGAGGCAUGGGCCACCCUGCCUGACUUGCUUAUGAACAACUUCUCUAAGCCUCAAGACUCUUUGUAAGAUGGGGGUUCUGCCUCCUGGCACUGAUGUGAGGUGUGAGGACUGAGGGAACACUGCAGAGUGCUUUGCAAAGGGCUGGCACGUGGUGCUCACUACAUACACUUCCUGCUUUCCUCACUCUGAGAUGGGGGGGUAUCUGUGCACUACGAGGUACUUCCCAGGCCCCUCUGAAGACUUUUCCUUACUAGGGAAGGACCAAUGUUAUGAAAACUUCAGCCUGUGAUCUUUCGGACUAAGCAUUAAAGACUCCUAAGCCUUCUGUGUUGGUUCUCUCUUCCCGUUCUGCACUUCAUUGGUGGGAGACCGUUGCUUUUAGGAUAUUUCCUCCCAUCUCUUACCUAUUCAUUGUUUGCAAAAACUUCUCUCAGGUAGCUUGGGGAGGGGUGUAUGAGACCUUUACUUGCCCUAGCCAAGCUGUGGGGUUUUUGGUAGGGGGCCUGUCCUGCAGUUUAUCAGGUACUUGGGGCACUGUUGAGGUUGACAGGGAGGAUGGUGUCUCCUCCGUCUCUUGAAUUAGGUAAUUAGUGGUUAGGGCUAGAGAGUGAACCACAAUGGGAACAGGUCUUAGGACCACCUUAAUGAGGACCAUGUGGUCUUCCUAUCUCCUGGGACACAAGUCAUCUCCGGCAUUCUAAAAAUUAGUAAGAUUUUAAUCAACCAUCCUCAGUUCCUGAGAGGGAAACUGAAUCUUUGAGGUUUCCUCCGUGAUAGAAGCGUCAUUAUUAUUUACAUUGGAGCCACAGAGCACAGCAGGAUUUAUCGAGCUUUGACUCAGAUGGAGUCCAGCCCACUAGAAAGACCAGCUCUAUGCUUUGAGGAUCGGAACUUUGAAGGGUGAUCUCAGCCUAAGCGCCAGGAUGGGACAAGGCUAGAGAUUGAGUUCAGCCAAGUGGCCCAUGAUCUCAACCAAUUAUACACUGUAUACACAGUGACCCUGACCAGAACUCUGAACACUAGUUUCUACCAAGCUUGCUGGUUGGUGAACACAUAUAUGUUUGUUUCUUUUUGGGUAGUUGGUGCUGGUUUGUAUAUUCGUUCAUUCAUAUUCUCUAUGUGUCAUUUUAGAGUUGAACCCAGGUUUUGUGGAUGUGAAGUGUGCACUGCUCUGUCACUGAGCUAAAUCCCUAGCCCUUGAUUUGUAUUUGUGAUAAAUUGUUAUAAAUAAAUACAGUGUUUUUAUUUCCUGA